AUGACUCGGACCGGCAAGAGAUCACUCGAAGUAGCCAUCGUCGGCGGUGGUACGACCGGGCUCUCCCUGGCUGUUGGGCUGCUGAAGCGCAACGUGAAUUUCACAAUUUACGAGCGCACGGAGAAGUUCGAAGAGCUUGGCGUUGGCAUUAUCUUUACUCCCAACGCAGAGCGCGCUAUGGAGGCCUUAGAUCCCCGCGUGCUACAAAGCUUCACCGAUGUGGCGACGCAUGCUUCGGGAGGGACUUUAAGUUUCGUCGACGGAUUCCGUGAACGAGGCGAAGACCCGCAAACAUCUUCCGAGGACCUGUUCUUCCAGCUUCAUGUGAAGGAAGGCUACAAGGCCUGUCGGCGAUGUGACUUCGUGGACCAAAUUGUCCAACAUAUCCCGCAGGAGCAUGUUCGCUUUGGAAAGUGGUUGGAGUCCGUGGAAACGGACGACGAGUCGGGGAGGGCUGUUCUGAUAUUCCGAGAUGGGGAGAAGGUGGAGGCAGACGUUGUCAUCGGUUGUGAUGGCAUCCGCUCUCGUGUACGCGGCUCCCUGUUUGGAUCUGGGCCAUCCAGUCCACGAGCUCAGUACUCACACCAGUUGGGAUUCCGGGCAAUGGUGCCCUUGGAAAAGGCAGUCGCUGCCCUAGGCCAGGACAAGACAUCCAGCGUGAUCAUGCAUACCGGGCCGGGUGCCUUUGUUCUGAGCGUGCCCCUUGUCGGGGUCAAUGCGAUGCACAUUGAGGCAUUCAUCAUGGACAAGAGCGAAUGGCCAGAAUUCAAAGCUGACAGUGACAGCAAACGAUACGUUCUUCCGGCCACAUUGGCAGAGGCAACCAACGCAUAUGUCGAAUUCGGCCCGACUGUUCGAGCUCUUAUCGCUCUGCUCCCCGAGCAACUCGAUAAAUGGGCUGUAUUUGAUAUGCUCGAUGCCCCUGUGCCGACGUACGCUCGGAGCUGUGUGUGCCUGGCGGGAGACUCGGCACAUGCUUCUACGCCGAAUCACGGCGGUGGCGCUGGUGCUGGGAUAGAGGAUGCGCUGGUUCUGGCUGAGGUUCUGGCCGUUUUAGCGAAUAGAUCCAGCUUUGACGACAUUGUUAUUUCAGAAGCGCUUGCUAUAUAUAGUGAGGUGCGCUAUGAGCGAUCACAGUGGCUGGUUCAGAGUAGCAGACGGACUGCCGAGCUUUUUACGUGGAAGGAUCGCGAGUAUGGGACAUGUGUUGAAGAUGUCGGUCGGGAUAUCAUCGACCGAAGUCACAAGCUGUGGGAUUAUGAUACCGAUGGAAUGAUUGAGGAGGUGCUGCAGAUGCUCGACAAGCGAUUGCCUUGA